UCGUGUGCCUGCGCAGGAGCUCUACGAAAAAAAAAAAGUCCCGGAGGGCUCUGAGGAGCGCCUAGUGCGUGCUACAGACACCAAGAGCAGCCGGUGAGAGGAGCCAGGCAUGUGUGCCCGUCCCCGGUGAUGGCAUCGAAUUGUGGGAGGAUGGCCCGGAGGGUUCUGCUGCUCUGGGCAGCGCUCGUCAGCUUUCCAGGAUCCUGGUGUUUCAGUGACCUGUUGUUUGUGAAAGAACCCGAGGAUGUAAUUGUUUGUCGGAAAGAUUCGGCUAUGUUAGAUUGCUUGGCUCAAGGGGAACCUCCAGUCACAAUCACAUGGCUGAAAAAUGGAGCAAAGAUUUCUGAGAAUGAUCGGAUCUCAACUCUACACAAUGGCUCCUUGUACAUCCAGGAGGUGGAGGGCAGGAAAGGAGAGCAGUCUGAUGAAGGAUUUUACCAAUGCUUGGCCCUGAACAAAUAUGGUGCCAUUUUAAGUCAAAAGGCUCAUCUUUCAUUAGCAACUAUGUCUGCCUUUGAAGAACAACCAGUUUCAAUAAAGGUCCAAGAAGGGGGACUAGCACGUUUCUCUUGUAAGAUAACCGCAAACCCUCCAGCUAUGAUUACUUGGGAAGUCAAUCGCACAGCUCUACCUCUUGCCAUGGACAGGAUUACUGUACUAUCUAAAGGCAUUCUUCAGAUCCAUGGCAUCACUAAGAAAGAUGCUGGAAAUUACAGAUGUAUAGCAACCACCCUAUUAAACAAACGGAAGAGCACCGAAGCCACAUUGACUGUUUUAUCAGCUUUACCGGAGGAAUCUUUCCAGAAGCCAGUCAUCAUAGCACCCCCUCAAAAUACAACUACCUCUGUGCAUAAAACUGUUACAAUGGAGUGUAUGGCUAAGGGAAGCCCUAAGCCAAUAGUAUCUUGGAGCAGGCUUGACCAAAAACCCAUUGAUGUCUUCAACACCCGAGUUGUGGGAAAUGGAAAUCUUGUGAUAUCAGAUGUGAAGCUGCAACAUGCAGGGGUCUAUAUUUGCAGAGCAACUACACCAGGAACUCGUAAUUUCACUGUAGCAAUGGCUAAUGUUUUAGUGUUGGCGUCACCAUCAUUUAUUGAACGACCAGAAAGUUUGACAAGGCCGCGUGCAGGAACUGCUCGUUUUGUAUGUCAGUCAGAAGGAAUCCCAACCCCCAAAAUCACCUGGCUGAAGAAUGGCAGAAAGAUUCAUUCUAAUGGGAGAAUAAAAACGUACAGCAGUAAACUUGUGAUCAAUCAGAUCAUUCCCGAGGAUGAUGCAGUGUAUCAAUGCAUGGCUGAAAAUAGCCAGGGUUCUGCCAUGUCCCGGGCAAGGCUGACUGUUGUGAUGUCUGAAGACAGGCCUAGUGCUCCACGUAACCUCCGAGCAGAGACAAUGUCCAGUUCAGCCAUUAUACUAUCGUGGGAAAGGCCUCUGUAUAACUCUGAAAAAGUCAUUGCUUAUUCUGUGCAUUACAUGAAGGCGGAAGGAUUAAAUAAUGAGGAAUAUCAGGUGGUUAUUGGAAAUGACACAAAUCAUUACAUUAUUGAUGAUUUGGAACCAGCCAGCAACUACACAUUUUACAUUGUUGCCUACAUGCCAAUGGGUGCCAGCCAGAUGUCAGACCAUGUGAUACAGAAUACACUGGAAGAUGUUCCACUCCGUGCUCCAGAAAUCAGUUUAACAAGUCGCAGUCCGACAGAUGUUCUGAUCUCUUGGCUUCCCAUUCCACUUAAAUUCCGGCGAGGAAAAAUCAUCCUGUACCGUUUAUCUUUUCGGAUGAACACUGAAAGCUCUGUCCAAAUUCUAGAACUUCCAGGGACAACGCAUGAGUAUUUCUUGGAAGGCCUGAAACCUGAUAGUGUUUACUUGGUUCGCAUAGCAGCAGCAACAAAAGUGGGCUGGGGAGAAUCCUCCGUUUGGACCUCACACAGGACACCCAAAGCAAGCAGCAUUAGAGCACCAAGAUCCCCAGAAUUACGCCUGGAUCCAUUGAACUGCACAACUAUAGCUGUGAGAUGGCAACAGGAUCCUGAGGACACAGCAACAAUCCAAGGUUACAAACUAUACUACAAGGAAGAAGGGCAACAGGAGAGUGGACCUAUCCUACUGGAUGUCAAAGAUUUUGAUUACAACAUUGGUGGAUUAGAUCCCAGAAGAAAGUACCAUGUCAGGUUACUUGCCUAUAACAAUAUGGAUGAAGGGUAUCAAGCGGACCAAACAGUCAGCACACCGAUUUGUGUUUCGGUCCCUGAUCACAUGAUUCCCCCUCCUCCUCCCCCUCAUCAUCUUUAUGCCAAAGCAAACAGUUCCUCUUCCAUCUACCUUUACUGGGGACGACCUGCAUUCUCCUCUGGACAAGCUAUUAACUAUACUGUUCGCUGCAAUCCUGUGGGCCUUCAGAAUGCUUCUUUAGUGCUUUACCUCCAAACGUCUGAGCCUCAUAUUUUAGUUCAAGAUCUUGAAGCAAAUACUAAGUAUGAGUUUGCUGUGAGGCUGCAUGUAGACCAAUUGUCAAGUCCCUGGAGCCCUGUGGUUUACUAUUCCACACUUCCAGAAGCUCCAUCCAGUCCACCUGUGGGUGUCAAGGUGACACUGAUAGAAGAAAACACCGCUUUGGUCUCCUGGAAACCCCCUGAGGAUUUGGAGUCAGCUGUCACCCGUUAUACAAUAUUAUAUGCAUCUAGAAAAGACUGGGCUGCCGGCCAAUGGCAAAUUAUGCACCGAGAUGGAGCAAUAACCAUGGCUCUACUGGAAAAUCUUAUGCCUGGAAAUAUUUACCUGGUGAAGAUCUCUGCCUCCAAUGAUGUAGGAGAGGGCCCAUUCUCAAAUGUAGUGGAGCUAGCUGUUCAACCCAAGGAGACGGUGCGCAGCAGAAUGAAGUCAAAGCAGUUAGAUUCCGCCAGCGGUCAAGAUUACUUUUAUCACCUAGACCAGAAAUCAAUGACUGGGAUUGUUGUGGGCGUGUGUAUUGCAUUGACUUGCAUCCUCAUUUGUGUGCUUAUAUUGAUAUACCAUGCCAAAGCCAGGAAAGCAUCACUUGCAAAGAUUGCUCAGCAAAGAGCUAACGAAAUACCUCAUGCGGCUACUUUAAUUUCUCAUGAGACUCAAGAGAGGAAAGCCAUGCAUCAAAUGGAAGAAAAUGCAGACCCAUUAAUCCCCACUGUUCAAGUAAAUCACUACCUAGAUACAAAGGGUGGUUCAGAUGUCAUCAUUGAUGGAUAUGGACCGAGUAUAAAGAAAAACACAAGGAAAUGGUUGUUUUUCAAGGACAAUGGUAAAGACUGUACAGGACAGUCCAAAAGAAGAAUUGUGAAGACUUCUUGUUUAUAUCGUCCUGGCACAACUGUGCUGAGGGGAGAGGAUGGGUCUCCAACGUCACCGGGUCAUCCUGGCACGUUCCAGAUGCGACAUAGCAUAGCAGCAGACACGGAACAUUCUGGGAACAGUGAGGAAAGCCAUGAAACCAAUGAUUCUGGGCGUUAUUCUCACGAGUCGACUGAAGAAAUUCACCUCUGCUCUGUUAUCAGUACCUCACCGCCCUCAUCAGACACAUUCAGUGUUCAAGAAUGUGGAAAGGACCCUGCCUUAAGCAAACAUGGAAAGCCUCCAAGUGUCUGUUCCUGAGGAGCUUAUAUCUGCUAUACCUCAGAUAAUCCACAUUCCCUAAACAUUUCAAGAAAAAUUCCCCAAGCCAGAUAUUCCAGCAAUUGGUGUCUGUUCAAAGGACAAUGACAGAGCAACAAAAAGAAAGGAUUGUGAAAUCUGGUUUUCCCAUCAAAUAUUCCACUAUUCUGCAGAAUGUCCCGCUGAGUAAAUCUUCUGACAUUGAAGGUUGGUUGGUUGGCUGGAUGGUAAAUGGCUUUGAAACUCUCCUGGUUUAUGCCAUUUAUCUUUGUUGUAAAGGGACGUCAAGAAGUCUCUUUGAUUUAUGUCUACCUCAGCUGGUCACAUUAUGAACUCUAUUUCGCUGCUUUACCUACAUUUGUGUUUGUCUCCCCUUAUCCCCAAUCCAAAGUACUUCCUAAAUGUUUGUUUUUAUGUGUUGUUUUUUAUUAUUAUUGCUUUUUAUGUGUGAUGAAUGUGUUACUUAAGGGGUUGUAAAGGCAACACAGAUACAUUGCAUUUUCUAGGGCUCUUUUUACAUGAUAAAAAUGUAUAAGGCUAUGAAUUCUCUCUACCUAAUGAAAUGAACGACUACCUCUUAAUAUGUCUUAAGCAUUUGAACAACCAGUUCUCCCGUAGUAACAGUCACUACCUUGUGCCUUCAAGAACCUCAGUUACUCAGACUGCCUUAUUGCAAGGAAUUCAGGACAUCACUCAGGACAAUGACAAGAUGCCUUAAAUCCUAGAAAUGUAUUCGAGAAUAAUAAAUCCCAACAUAUCUUUCUGUUUACAGAUGCUAUGUUUAUGGAGGCAGUGGUGUACCUAUGCUCUUCUGUACAGAGCAUACAUUAUCCAUAUUACUGAGCAGUCCAUUAUUCAGAUCUACUACAAUGACAUAUUGCAGCCUGUGUAACAUAUCUAUAACAGUGCUGACAAUAUCACCAUGGCACUGGCCAAGCUUGCUGCUGGGAUCGGUAUACUGGACAUUUACCAGUGAUCCCCUCAAUAACAGUAUAAAUUACAUGUAUGUACAAGUCAUUGUAUAUUAUAAUUUUACAUAAAAGCUGUUAAGAGCAUGUUUCUAUUAAAUCUCGGGGUGACCAUGGGUGGUCACUGGUCAGUUUCACAGUAACCCUUUCACUUUUGUUCAGUGGAUGGUGUAAAAACCAGCAAUUAGACUGUUCAUUGCUGAUUCAAUGCUAAAGAGAGCAUUUGGAAAAUGGCAUUAUAUGGCUAUUAAUGACUGUUGCCUUUACAAUUCCUGUUUUAUACUACCUCUUUUUUACAUUGAUGUACAUGUUCAUUUCCUGGUCUCAGGGAAUAGUGUUUGUGUUUUUUUAUCCCAUGAAUAUAUGGGGCAAAUGUGACAGGGUAUCAUGCUCAUAUUUGAUUUUGAAAGGAAAUGAAGUAAAUCAGUAAAUUAGCUACAUUAUUAAUGGAUACCAAUCGCCUAUGACCAGGGGUCAAGUCCUGGGAAAAAAGUGUGGGAACUCAAGAGCUUUUCCUGCAGGACUCCUACUAAUGGGAACAGUGUUCCUGCUGUGGGAAAAGUGCAGGAACCCAGUUACCAUGCAUUCCUGCAGGACAUUAGCUGUGCCUAUGACACAUUUGAAGCAAGAAUUGUAUAGAUAGAAGCUAAACCAAAUGCUUGCAUAGACAUUUAAGAACUGAAGGCCAAUUUCUUUGUUAAAGGGAAUCUGUCAUCACUUUCAUGCUGCCUGAACCACAAGUCCCAGGGCAGUUCCUGGUGGCUUCUCAUCACCUUACUGGCUUUGUUUGAUAAAUCUGUGGGUAUAGGCAGAGAUCUAUCAGUCAAGGCUGGUGGGGUGGAAAGAAACCAAUGAGGACAGUCCUGAUGACUUGCCGUUUCGGCAACAUGAAAGUGAUGACAGGUUUGUGCUUUUUUCAGGCCAGAUGUGCAUUUCAUUUCCAUGGGGGAGAAUGGAAGCAGAUGCAGGACACUUUGGCUAUGACUUACGAGUGAUAUUGUUUAUCCUGCAUAAAUAGCUAGAGCUGAAAACAAAUAUGUAACGUCUAUGGGCAACUUGAUAACUUAUUAUUCAGAUGUGGGUGCAAAUAAUGAAUCUGAACGCCAUCCAAAACUCAUACAUACAGGUGUUUAGGGACAUGCUAUAGUUGUCAUUGUGCCUGUAGGCCAUAGAGGGAACCAGAUGAUCAGAUACAUUUUUUUGUCUGCUAUGUUAUGGUUUUACAUUCUGUUGACCAUCUUAUUCCCUUAGGCUUUGUUUUGUUUUUUUUCCGUUUCAAACCCCAUGUUUUAUGGAGUCCUUCAGGUUUCUUUCAUGAUGUCUGGCAUUUUACUCGACAAAGUAGUGCAAACACAGAUGUGAGCCUUGCUUUAGUGUCAGUUUAAAGGAAAUCGGUCACCCGUUCACCAGCACUAUAACCCAUUACACAGGGUUAUAGUGCGGGUGAACACGAGACCGAUGCGGUGUCUCGCACUGCUAUACCGAUCUGCAGUCCGGAACCCCGAUCCUCUGGAUUUAAAUCUCGUGCCUACUGAGCGCUCACGUGAACAACGCUUAGGAAUAUUUAAAUCCAGACGGCGGGUCCACCUCCAGAGUGCAAGUCAGCACUGAAAAAGACGGACCUUCAAAGGAUUGGGGUUCCGGACUGCAGGUAGGUAUAGCAGUCUGAGACAGCGCAUCGGUCUCCUGUUCACCCGCACUAUUACCCGGUGUAUCAGGUUAUAGUGCGGGUGAACGGGUGACCAUUUUCCUUUAAGACACAGGCAAACCAGCUCUCCAAGGUAAAUCCUCUGUAAAAUAGCACCCAAAUGCUAGGCUUCCUGGACUCCUCUAGGUAUGAAUUGUUUGGUUGGUUGUCCCAGUCUUCUGAGUUUUCAGAUUGUUUGGAGUAAGAUUUUUCAGUUCAUCGGGAAUGUCAUUUAUCAGUUACGUUUUUCAUUCCCAGUGAACAGAAGGCACAAAUAGUUUCCUAUAUUAUGGCUUGUCUCUAUUCGGCAUAUGUGACUGGUAAACUUUAAUACAGUCCUCAAAAAACUGUUCUUUCAUACCAAAGACUAUUGUUUAUAUUUAAAGUGAUAAAAUGUUUUUUCAAAAAAAAAAAAAAGAAGUAAAUCUACUAUUUUGUUGUUGGCAUAGCUGCCAAGUAGUAGUAGUGAUUGUCUUAGUGCAGGAAUGAUAAAUAUGUUCUGCAUUUUUAAACUACCUUAGACUUUAAAUAGUCAUGUCAAAAAACUUCCAAGUUACAAGUUAAGUAUUUAGCUUUUAGCUCUUUAUUAUAACAGUAUUAGAUGACCUAUUUUUGAACAAUUUGCUUUAUAUAUUGAGGGAAAAAAUGUAACCAAAGAUUUAUUUUUGGGUCUUGUCUUGCUAUUUGUUUAGUGUACAGAAAGCAGCUGUUACUAUAAAGACUUACUGUGGUGGUAGAUGCUUUGUGUAUACCGGAUUUUUCGCCCUAUAGGACGCACCGGCAUAUAAGACGCACCCAAUUUUAAAGGUGCAAAAUCUAGAAAAAAAAGAUUCUGAA